AUGACGGAACAAACCAAUCCCGAACGACACCAAAUCCACACGCAACACUGCCGCUUCUGCAACCACCUGCUACUAGCAACAACACGCAACAUCCCAACUCUCCCCCGCCGAAGCGGCGAAGGCAAAGACAAGGCCCUAAUCCUGCCAUUGGAGCGAACUACCGAUGAGAACGAACUUUCAGCGGAGCUGGAAGCCGAAGCGCAAUCUACCAAUCCUCCGACUGCAGGAGCUGAGACUGGAGCUGGAGCUGGCAAGACUCGACAAAGCGCCAACCAUACGACUCUCCUUCUCGCGACCACUAUUCCAGAUCGGCGGGCGACAAUGAUUAGACGGGAAGAUGGGAUUGAGAAGAGGGUUUUGUUGAGGUGUGGACGGUGUCGGGUUGUUAUUGGGUAUUAUUUGGAUGAGGUGCAUUAUUCUACUUCUGGUGGUGGACAGGAAGGGGAGAGGCCGCAGGCACUCUAUCUCCUUCCUGGGUCUUUGGUUGGGACUGAAGGGAUGGGAGGGGAGGGAGUUGGAGAGGGAGAGUGGAGGGAAUGGAUUGUUUAG